CGUAACUUAACGUUAAUCUCUGGAAAUUGAAGGGGGAUGUUAGAAGGGGAAGCAUAUACUUCAUUGGAAAGAUAAUUCAAAAAGAGGGAAGAGGAGGUCAUUUAGAACAAAAGUGUCUGGCGGUCAUUUCUGCCCACCACCAAAUUGGAAGAAUCCAACUUCCAUCGCGGCCUCCUUUCCUCCUCCUUGUGGCUCCCCCUGCGCGACUCCAGCUUCCUCUCUUUUCUUGUUCUACCUCCUCAAUUUCGAAUUUACUUCGAAUUCCACCGUAACGACCAAUUAUUUUUACCCCUCACAAUCUAGCUUCUUUCCUUUUUGUUGCGCGUGCUCGUCCGAUCGUCACCCCUCCUUGCAACGUUACUGUACGGAGACUCGAAUUGCCUACAUCCGCGAGGGGCAAAUUGACUGUCCCUUCGCCUGAAGCGCUUGUCACAACACCCGCGCCGAUCUACCUGAAACAUCGUGUAGCACUUAGUCUGGUGGUCCCGUCUCUAUCUGUCUGCCACGACUUUCUUUCACCAGCCCGCUCACCCCUGUCGCAUUCCCCCUCGUUUCCCCAAUCCCGCGCAACUCUUGACGUCGGCUGCGGCCUUGCCAUAGUCCGACCCCUUUCAUAUCCACAACGAUCGGUACUCGAUUCGUCCGACGGGGGGCGCGAUCGCAUGUUCACAUAGCGCGUGUAUUCAUCUGAUUCCUCGCGACGGUGACUCGGCCUGCUACGUUGCUGAACUGCCAAACAAACUCGCAAUCGACGGCGACGGCGGAGUGGAUAGGUUAAUAACGACCACCGGCGAACCUCGACAGUAGCGGUCACGAGAAAGAAUUCAAAAUGGAUUCACCGGCUAUUCAUCCGGAGUCUCCUAUGGAGCAAGAGGAUAUUCCCUUCCCGUGUAUGGGUUGUGGCGAGAUUUUGGAAGAAGGGAAAGCAUUCGAGCUUUCUGGACAGAGAUGGCACAUUGAUUGUUUCCGAUGCAGCACUUGCGGUACCCUUCUCGACUCGGACGCGCACCUCCUUCUCCUCGGCGACGGCUCCCUGAUUUGCAGCAGUUGUACCUACAGCUGCAACUCGUGUGGAAACAAGAUUGAAGAUCUGGCAAUUCUGACGGGCGAUCAGGCUUUCUGUGCCCAGUGUUUUCGUUGCCGUAACUGCAAGAGGAAGAUCGAAAACCUUCGCUACGCCCGUACUUCACAAGGCAUAUUCUGCAUGGACUGUCACGAAUCUUUAAUGCAACGAAGAAGGAAAAAAAAGGCAAGCGCGACGGGGAAAAGACCGGGAGGGCCUGGGGUAAAACUGGACAAGUCGCUGCCCUCCCUUCCCCCGAGCAUGGAGGAAACCCGAUCCAUCGAUGAGGCUGCGAGUGAGACGUACGCAGAGGCUACGGAGCCCUCGCACAGCAGGAUAGAGGGCCACGGCGAUAACACUCGUCCCGAGUCGCCCACUCGCGAGGCAGCUGCUACAGACAAUCUUAUUCUCCCUUCGAGUACUUACCGAAGCAGUCGUCAAUUGAGUGGACAGCGCGAUAACGACGCCGACGAAGGCGGCGAAUUCCUCAUUCCUCUCACUUUUGACCCCUCAGAGGCCCUUCGCUCUUCCUCCAAUACACAACCUCAGCAACAGCUGCCCCGUGACACCUUUGGCCAGAUCGGGACUGGCGAUUCGUCUCUCCGAACUUCUCGCGACGGCCGAGAUUACACGCGGGAACCUCCCUCUCGUGCAUCAUCAGAGCAACCCUCCCCGCACAUUGCAUACCAGGAGAAAGGUCGAGACGCACGCGAUUACGACUCCGGUCGACGGGACAUGGAGUCGCGGAAUGGUUGGACUGAUAAGCCCUCGACGUCACACUCAGAGAGAGCUAGGCUCGGCAAGUCGGAAUCUGCUCGCAGCUCUCGGUCUGAUUUGCCAUUGGCGCUGAGAGAGAUGAGUGCUUUCUCUGGUCAGACGAGCCCUGAUAGCAGCCGGUCAAAGGAAGCCACUGGGUUGGAUGGGGCUACUUCAGGCUCUGCCCGUCCAUCAACCGAACUGCGCAGACCCCACGAUCACACAACAUUGGACUCGGGCCGUUCGCAGCCUACAUCCAACAUGGCCUACCCACCCAAGCGGGGUGAUUCCCUCGAGGGGAAACACCAUCAAAUCCCACGGAAGGAAGUGAGCGCAUCACCUGCAUCCUCUGCUUACGGGGGAUCUCCCAGACUCCCUGAUAGCUUCACCGAGCAGCAGAAACAGACUCUCACCUCGGUGACCACCACAAUGGACGGCGCAGGUUCGCCAUCCCAAACGCGCUACAAUGGUAGCGAAUUCUUCCCGGACGAUGAUCAAACCAGCGAUUCAUUCCUCCGACGCAUGUCCAACUCGGUGCGCCACGGCCGAAGCUUCAGUGACAAGAGCAUACGCCUCGGAAAAGAUGGAAAAUAUCUCCGCUCGCCUGCCAAUGGCAGCUCGAUUGGCACGGAUAUUGGCAGUCCUACGGCUAGCACCACUCAAGCCGAAGAGAUUGCCUGGCUUCGCAACGAACUUCGCAAGGAACGCCAGCGUGUCUCUGAAAUGGAGGCUACCCUGCGCGCUACCGCGGAUGUGAAGCAAGUCAACACUGAACUCUCGGAAAAGCGAUCCACCAUGGUCGUUCUUGAUGCGCAGAGAGAAAUCGUUCUGCGCGAGCUGACGGUGCUGACGGAUCAUCUGGAAGCGGAGAAACGGGGGGCCGCUGGUGGGCCUUUGGAUCUUGGAAAGCUUUCCAACCACGUUCUUCGUGAACUUGCCGAAUCGAUUCACAAGCUCAAGGAAUCCUACACUCCCCAAAUCGAGGAGCUCAUUCAGAAGCGCAAUGAUUUGACGGAAGAACUUGCCAUCCUCAAUCGACAGAAAGAAAAGGUUUUCCAAGAAUUCGAGCAACUUUCGUCUAAGAACGCCCAGCUUGCUGAGCUGAACAACACUCUGGUGCACCAGAUUCAAGAGCUGUACAAGACCAGCUCUGACGGCCAGCGUGGUGCCAACGGACUCGGUAUUGUAUCUCACAACAAAGACAGGUCUAUUGGCUCACUCGAGACCCUCAAGCCAACCAUCGAUAGCCUUGCACCGUCUAUCUCGACUGCCCACAUUUCCGAUGACUUGGAGACCCAAACUGCCACGGCUACAGUUGUCCCUGGCCCUCAGGUUGUCAAUCUGCGUAAGGGCAAGUUCAUGAACUGGAAGAAGGGUGGGCAGAACGUUGCGAAGGGUGUCAAGGGUCUCAAGGGCGCCUUCAUGUCUAGCGAGAAUGCAGAGGGUGGUGGUGGCCUCCCCCGGUCUCAGACUCAGGAUCCUAGCCGACAGGGCUUUGGAUUCUUUGGAAACCAGCGCAGUAAACAAGCCGGCAAGAUGUCGCAGGCCGACAGCGUGCCAGUUUUGGCCGAAGUCGCUGGAGGUGGUCUGUUUGGUACUGAUUUGGAGGCGCGUAUGGAGCACGAGAAGAGCAUUAUCCCGGCCAUUGUCACACGGUGUAUCCAGGAGGUCGAAUUGCGAGGAAUGGACAUGGAAGGUAUCUACCGGAAAUCAGGUGCCGCCUCCGCCAUUCAGGGUAUUCGCGACGGUUUUGAACGCUCUCCAUUCGACUAUGAUAUUUCCGACCCCGACCUUGACAUUCACGCCGUCACCUCCACCCUUAAGCAAUACUUCCGCAAGCUCCCAAUGCCACUGAUCACCUACGACAUCUACGAUAAGAUCAUUGACUCUGCCGAGAUCACCCACGCCCCUGCACGAGUUGAGCUCUUACAAAAAGCUCUGUCCGAAUUGCCCCCUGUGCAUCGUGACGUUCUGGAAUUCCUAGUCUUCCAUCUGAAGCGUGUCGUUGAGCGCCAGGAUGAGAACUUGAUGACCAGUCAGAACAUCGCCGUCGUCUUUGCGCCGACCAUUAUGCGGCCUGAGAGCUUGGCUCGCGAGAUGACGGAUGUGCAGAAGAAGAAUGAUAUCUUGAAAUUCCUUGUUGAUAACUGUUCGGACGUCUUCAUGGGCAUGCAGACCUAAUUCUGGACUCUCGACGUUGUUUUUGUCUUGCCUUGACCCAUUUGUCUUCUGGUGUCUCCUCAUGUUUUGUACCGUUGUACAGAAGCUAGACCAACCCCUUCUUGGUCGCUUGUCUCUUGCCUAUCCUCCCCUUCAUUUCUCAUUUCACACUCUUCUGUUUACGAUCAGCGCUGCACGCUCGAUACAGAUACCCUGCCAUGCCUUUGCUAACUUCUGCGUUCUUUGCUUCGCAAGCACUUCUCUUCACAUAUUGCGCAGGUUCAAAGCUAGUCCGUCAUUCUCCUCGUUCCCCCUUGGGUCUUGUCUAUUCGGUCAGCCUGGCCUUGCAACUAGUUCGUCUGCUGGGUCUUUGCAUGGGGGAAUUCACUCAAAAAUUCUUGAUUUUGCUUGGGUGGUCUUCCAGUGACUCUUGUCUCCUUGUUUCAGGUUUCAAGCUUCUGCCCCUUUUUGCACUCUGUUUCAUUGUUUCUACUUUACCCUUAUUUGGAUUCACAACCUGUGUUGAGCGAGCAUUGGAUAAUGUCAAUAGCGUUAUGUAUUUUUUAUCGCCGGUCGAGACUCGACUUUUUGUGCAUUCUUUUGUAGAUAAUUCUUUGCAUAAAAGUCUGCAGGUAUACCUGUAGACGUACUGCGUAG